CCUUUUUUUCUUCUUUUUUAAUCUUUUUUGAUAAAUUAUUUGUAUCUUGUUAUCUCGAGUUAAAGCCCUGUGGGGAAGAAGCUUUAGCCAAUGGAUUUGACUGUCAAAAGUAAGGCACUUGUUGGGUUUUGCUCUCUGUUUAUAGCGGAUAAAGUGGACUGCAGAGAGAGAAAAGCAGAAAACAGUUCAACUAUUGGACGAAAAAGCCAAGUGAGGAGAGAGAAAGACUGUUAGAGAGAAAGAGAGAGAGAGAGGUGGGUUCAUGUUCAUGGGUUAGUUGGUCCUGCACUCUUCAAGGAUCGACCCACUUUUUAUGAGUAAAAUACUCGUAAAUAAGUAAGCAAUAAAAACGAUCAAACGCCUAUGGAAUGAAAUCAAUCUGAGAAUUUGAUCUCCAAGCAGUGAAAUAGUUCUUGUCUCUUCGAUUUCAGGUUCAGAGGACAAAAAAAUUUAUCUAGAUUCUGAUUAUUGCAGAUGGGUUUUGUGAACUUGGGAAUCAAUCUUCAGAAGCCGUAGUCUCUUUUUUCUUUUUCACUCUAUUUUGUCUGCGGGACAUUUGAGUCUCUGUGGAAUGGAUCUGAGCCACAUAAAGGGAUCGAUGGCGACGCCGGCUCUAAUUCCUGCUAGAAAAGCUACUGAAAUGGUUUCCGAUCAGUUCCCGGUGGGUCUUCGAGUUUUGGUUGUGGAUGAUGAUCCAACCUGCCUCAGGAUCUUGGAAAAGAUGCUUCAAACUUGCCUCUACGCCGUAACAAAAUGCAACCGGGCAGAGAUCGCAUUGUCGUUGCUUCGUGAGAACAGAAACGGGUUCGAUAUCGUCUUAAGCGAUGUGCAUAUGCCAGACAUGGAUGGAUUCAAACUUCUAGAGCAAGUUGGGCUGGAGAUGGAUUUGCCUGUUAUCAUGAUGUCAGCGGAUGAUGGAAAGAAUGUUGUGAUGAAGGGAGUGAUUCACGGUGCUUGCGAUUACCUGAUCAAACCUGUUCGGAUAGAAGCGCUAAGGAACAUAUGGCAACACGUGGUUCGGAAGAGAAAGACCGAAUGGAAGGAUUUGGAGCAAUCGGGGAGCGUGGAGGAUGGAGAUCGAGAGCAAAAUCUAUCUGAAGGUGCGAAUUAUUCGUCUUCGGCGUAUGAAGGAAGUUGGAACAGCUCAAAGAGGAGGAGGGACGCUGAAGAAGAGCCCGAGGAGAGGGACGAUACAUCGACAUUAAAGAAGCCUCGGGUGGUAUGGUCAGUUGAGCUUCAUCAACAGUUUGUUGUUGCUGUUAAUCAACUAGGCAUUGACAAGGCUGUUCCCAAAAAGAUUCUGGAGUUGAUGAAUGUUCCCGGGCUAACUAGAGAAAAUGUUGCCAGCCACCUUCAGAAAUAUCGCUUAUAUCUUAGAAGGCUUAGUGGAGUAUCGCCAAGUAAUUUGAACAAUUCUUUUAUCAGCCCUCAAGAAGCAACUUUUGGGCCAAUGGCUUCAUUCAAUGGGAUCGAUCUUCAGACGCUUUCGGUCGUGGGCCAACUCACGCCUCAGAGUAUUGCUGCACUCCAAGCAACCGGGCUUCGUAGGUCGUCGGUAAAAUCUAGCAUAUCCAUGGCCCUUGUUGAUCAGAACAACAUAUUCAGCUUUGAAAAUCCAAAAUUGAGGUUUGCUGAGGAUCAAACACAACACCUGAAUAACAGCAAACCAGUGAACUUGUUUCAUGGAAUUCCAACAAAAAUGGAGCCAAAGCAUCUUGCCAACAUGCACCACCCUUCUGCACAGACUCAAGGGAACAUAAACAUGCAACUUAUUGUCAAGAGUGAACAUGGUGGAACUCAACUAAUGCAUUUGACUCAACAACAAGCUGGAGGACAGGCUCUAAAUAACUCCCCUGCUAGCCACUUACCGCGAAUUUCGUCAACGAUAAGGAAGCCUAUCAUAUCAAAUGGCGUUACGAGGGGAAACGGGACUGCCGAUGGACCGGGGUACAACCUUGUUUCGCCAGCAUCAUUGAUGAUGAACUUUCCAAUGAACCAAACCACAGAACUGUCAAACAAUUUUUCUCUUCAGAGUAAUUCUUCGGUAUCUACACUGACUUGUAACGGGGUGUUUCAAGAAGAUAUUAGUUCGGAUCUAAAGGGAUCGGGCGGACUAAUGUCGAGUUAUGAUGUUUUUAAUGACUUUCAUCUGCAAAAAUCCCAUGACUGGGACUCUCAGAAUGUAAGCAACUUGGCCUUUGGUAAUUCUCACCAUGGAAACUUCAUACAGGAUAGCUUUGAUGUCUCGCCCUCGACUUUAAUUCAUAACGGUUUUCCUUUGAGCCGAACGAAUGGACAAAACCAAAACAUGUCAGUCGUUGGAAAGACUAUAUUUUCCUUUUCGGAUGCUACUCAACCAGAGACUGCACAAAGUAACAUUCAGAACUCGCUUCUCAAUCCUGUGGAGGUUAAGACUCAGACAAUUCCUGAUGCAAGCUAUCAAAGUGACCUCUUAGCUGAGAACUUUGGCCAUGAUGAACUUCUUAGUGUCUUCCUAAAACAACAACAAGGAGACAAUGGAUCGGUCGAGAGUGAGUUCGACUUUAGUGGAUAUCAAACCGAGAAUAUUUGCGUUUAGAAAAAAGUUCUUGCUUUAGUUCCUCAUUUGGUUGCAGCUUCCAAUAUGCUUUGUUGUUGUAACUCUAAAGAUAAAAGUCCUCCCUCAAUAGAUGGCAGAGGUAGUUCAUUCUUGUCAACAAGUCCAUUGUGAAUAUAUGCAUGCUAGCUAGUUGAAAGAAACUGGGAAACAUUCAAAUUUCAAUGCAAGAACUGAAGCAAUCUUCCUCAGAAUGUUCCUCACACAACAGAUGCAAAUCUUUGUCCCGGUUGCGGUUGGAACAUCGGCGUUCAAAGUCGAAGCGAUUUAUUUUAGGAUGCGUGUGGAACUGUUUGUUCGUAGCAAGCACGUCGCUCGGAUUGUGGAUGCAGGGUUCGGCGCCAUUGCAUUUGGAAGAAACUUUAGGAGAUUUCUCAUCUGUCUAAUUACACCCUAAGAAUGAUUCUAUCUAAACCCUUUGAAAGAUCAUCUCCAAUGUAAAUAUUCCUCUUGUUUGAUUGAAACAAAUGUGUGCAUAACCUUUUUAGUUUGUUUUUUCUUUUUCUGUGCAGACUCUUAGAUUCUCAUCUUACUUCAAACUUUUCCCACAACAUUGAUGAAUAAAUUUGACUUCUGUCCA